AUGUUUACUGGAGGCUACUGGUCACCAAAUGAUAGAUAUCUUGGCGGCGAGUCAAGUCGUGUGGGUACCUUCACUGUAGAAGAAUUUAAGAUGCGUAGGGUUCUGCUAAUAAUUACUGAACAGCUCGGGUAUGAGGACAACAUGAAGAAACUGUCAUGGUUUCCACCAGAGACUCCGGGGACGAAAGUGGAUAUCGAGGAUGAUGAGACCAUGGAUAAAAUUGCUCACUAUGGUGUUGGGUUCGGGGCUGCGACACUGUAUGUAGUCCGUGAAGAUGAUCCAUACAUAGGUCGGCGCACAGGGUGGAACACGUCACUGGAAGACGAUGAAAAUCUUUGGAUGGAAAAUCCAGAUGUUGGUAAUGUUGGUGAAGAUGGUGAUGGUAGCAGUGGUGGAGAUUCAAGUGAUGAAGCUGAAAACGUGACUGAAGAUGAGAGCAGUGGUGAUGGAAGAAGAACUAAUGUGGAUGACAAGAGUUACAAGAAAUUUGAACUAGGUCAGGAGUAUAUGAGUAUAGACAGCUUCAAGAACGCUCUUCACAAAUAUGCGGUAAAGAAGAGGAGGGAUAUUAAGUACAAGAAGUCAGACAGCACACGAGUCAUAGCUAUUUGCUCAAAUGGGAAGUGUCCUUGGAGGAUUUGUGCCUCCAUAAACAGCAGCUCUCCAAGGGUAGUUGUCAGGACACUACAAGAAGAGCACAACUGCACUUGGCAAGGUAAAGUGACACUUCUCACUUACUCAAGAAUAAGUGAGAUCUACAUUGAGGAAUUCAGGCUGAAUCCCUAUUUCUCGGCUCAACAGCUCCAAGAGAAGCUCUUGGCAAGAAACAUUAAUGUCCCUUGGAGCAAAUGCGAGAGGAGCAGAUUGGAUUGUUUGAAGAAAUUUGAUAGGGAGCAAGAUGAGCAAUUUUCCAGGCUGUUUGACUAUGUCUAUGAGUUGAAAAGAGCAAACCCUGGGUCAACAGUGGAACUGGUGGUCAAGGGAACUGAGUUUGAAAAGUUUUAUGUCUGUUUUGGGGCAUUGAAAAGUGGAUGGAAAGCUGCGUGUAGGAAGAUACUUCAUCUGGAUGGGACUUUCCUCAAGUGGCGAAUGAAUGGUAUGCUUCUAGUAGCUUGUGGGAGAGAUCCGAAUGAUCAAAUGUUUCCCAUUGCAUGGGGAAUAGUGGAGAAGGAAAAUACGCCAAACUAG